AUGGACACGUACAGGCGGAACAGGAAAGUUCGCGUGACGAGCAAAAAUCAAAUUAAAGUAGAUCUUGUAGAUGAGAAUUUUACGGAAUUAAGAGGAGAAAUAGCAGGACCUCCGGACACACCGUAUGAAGGAGGAAGAUAUCAACUAGAGAUAAAAAUUCCAGAAACAUAUCCAUUUAAUCCUCCUAAGGUGCGGUUUAUCACCAAAAUAUGGCAUCCUAAUAUCAGCUCAGUCACUGGGGCCAUUUGUUUGGAUAUUCUCAAAGAUCAGUGGGCAGCAGCAAUGACUCUAAGAACGGUGUUGUUAUCACUGCAAGCGUUGUUGGCAGCUGCAGAGCCAGAUGACCCGCAGGACGCAGUAGUGGCAAAUCAGUACAAACAAAAUCCAGAAAUGUUUAAACAGACAGCUCGGCUUUGGGCACAUGUGUAUGCUGGAGCACCAGUUUCUAGUCCAGAAUACACCAAAAAAAUAGAAAACCUUUGUGCUAUGGGCUUUGAUAGGAAUGCAGUAAUAGUGGCCUUGUCUUCAAAAUCAUGGGAUGUAGAGACUGCAACAGAAUUACUUCUGAGUAACUGAGCCAUGUAGAGAGAGCUGCUUCAGUAGUCCAGCUUGCCCCUUCUGGAGGAGCAUCACCAUCUGUUAUUUUUAGGAUUCUCUAUAGAUUCUCUUUUAAAACUGGCACUCUUGCCUGAUGAUGCUAUCUAGGCACUAUUGGAGACUGAAAAACCGCUCUGUAAAUAAAGCUAAUUAAACGUCUGUGUAAAUUUAAAAAGGGGAAAUACUUUAAUUUUUUUCUUACUAAAUAUUGUAAAAAUUCUUUGAGCUCAGCUAAAACCAUGGGGGGAAAAAACAUGCCUACUUUAGUGUUUAGCAGUGUGACAAAGACUAGCAGGACCUUGCUUCAGGAUUUUGAUUUAGUAAUUCAGAAAGCAACAUUUUUUGAGUGUUAGUCAUCCAAAUUGUUGGUGCCGCUCAUCACAGCUAUCUUACUGUUUUUAACAUGGAUCCUAUGUGCCUGUGGAUUGACCUAUGUUUGCAUGCUUGUACUUAAUAGAUGUAUUAGGUAGGGUUGCUGAAGAGAGCACCAUUUAAAUACUCGAGUAUUCCUGUACCUUUUUUUCCUGAGAGACUUUGAAGAUUCACCCAGAGCUCAAAAUGGUGACCUGUUCAGAACCUUUUUCUUCCUAGUUUAUCGAUUGGGAACCCUGAUUCUCCUCUCCCUCGCGUCAUACCUGGCAUCGCAGAACUGAAUCCUCUCCGGAUUAUUUUUCAUCGUCUGUGGGUGUGAGCGCCAUUUAGUCUAGGCUCCGCUUUAAAGAAUAUAUUUUGAAUUACCAUAAUGGUUUUCAGCCAUCAUGUUUCCUACACAAGCUCAUAAGGGUUUAGUAUGCUUGGAUGUAGCACAGAAGGAUGGAGCUGACCUUUUUCUUUUUGUCUUCAAUAGAUGUAAAAUGUUCUUCAGUGCAUUCUGGAUAAUAAUGAUUUCAAUGGAUUUGAAGGAGGAAAAAAUAUUCUCUAGCAUAUUAAGAAUUACUUUUCUUUUGAGUACUUGAUAUGAUGCAAUCAGCUGUUUUUUUGCAGCAAUUUUCUAGCUUUAUUUUUGGCUUCAGUUUAAGGAUUGCUUACCAGGUACUUCAAAAUUCAUCCUUGCCUGCAUUUUUCUCUAGUUGACACAUGGAGGCUGUGUUGGUGUUUUUUACUGUACAUACUUCAAAUGCACAUAGAAGUAGAAGUGUGUUCUCAAUUUAGCUUUCUUUUGGAUUGAUGUUUCUGAUAAACGAGAACUGAAAUUCAUCUUGGCUUGUACAUACAGUCAGUCUUUUUAUUCGUAUUAAAA